AUGAUUAGAAACAGACUUAAACGUCCAAAGCCAUCGCACAAUUCAACUACUUCACCUAAUAAGAAGAUUCGCUUGGAAAAUCAGGCAAAUGACACCAACAGCACUACCACAACUUUCAACAAAAAUAGUGAUAAUUCCAAUUUUGUGAACGAAGCGAAACUCGAUCAUGCAGUCGAGUCAACCGUCGCUCUAUUUUUUCCUGAAUGUCCUCUCAGUCGAAGUGCUCCAGGAACAGGAAGGUCCCCAGGUAGGGUUGGAGUUGCUGCUGCAACAAUACCGGCUGAAUCUACUGACCGAUCUGUCUUCACUUCCUACUCUCUGACACAUGAAAAAAAUUUUCUGAUUGAUUUCAUUUCAUUGGAUCAGUUAGCUGAAUCUCAAAAGGAAAAUUUGGUUGAUGCAUCAGCAUCUUUGAUGAUCAGUUCUCAGAAACAUCAAAAUACUUUUUUUACCUCAAGAAUGACAACACAAAAUUCUGUCUGCAUAAGAACAGCAGUAACUGCAGCUACAACAAAUUCAAAAUCAUCAGCUGCAACUUAUUCAUCAGGGUUGUUGUAUGAUGCUGCUUCAACAUCUGAAAUGACAAAGGCAUCAACAACAAUUGCAUCAAUGACAACAAUAACAUCAAUAACAAACACCAACGUGACAACAACUCCUAUUAAGUCAUCAAUUCUAUUAACAAUCACACCAACAAAAAUAGAUGAACUUAAAAUAACAUCAACUAAUAGUAUAAGCUUACAUUCCCUUGCAGUACCAACAUUUGCUGUGGUUACAUCAAUUGCAUCAGCAACAACAACGUCAGCAGCAACAACAUUAAUUGACAUGUUAUGUCCAGUUUGUCAGCUUAACAUCUCAGAUUAUGAUAUAAAUGGCAGAGAACUCCAUUUGAAUAAAUGCAUUAAUGAGCAAGAAGAGAAGGAAAAGUUAGAAAAAUGUCGUAGAGAAUGGAUGGAGAAGGAGAGGAUGAAGGUACUGCCAUGUCCUAUAUGUGGAAAGUCACUGAAAACCAUACAGUCUCGGCGGACCCACCUGAAGAAAUGUGGCCAGGAAUACAACGUUCCCCACGCCAAUCUGCUCAGCCUCAUUCGUCAACAGGAAUCUGAUAGGGAGGAAAAAUUAAAAGAGAACUUCAGUUCUAAUUUGGCAUUUAAUAAUAUCUCAAGUAAUGAAAUAAGGCAAUCAGUUUUGAUAGGUCAGUUUAAAAGGUCAACUCCUGUGACGAGAAAGAAAAAGUUUAGACUGGAGGAACCUGCUAAUUUCAGUGAUAAAGUUAUAAGGAUAGUAAUACCAAAAGUUGACAAUAGAAAUGUUAAAAGUUGCAAUAAUAAUAAAUUAAAUGGAGUUCAGUGUAAAAGAGGACACAGAGGCAAAAUUAAAUCAACGAAUGAACCGCAGAUGCAGAACUACGCACUCACCAACAUCCAAGCGAGGGAUGCUCAUAUGCUAAACACGGAAAAAUUUUUCCAGAUUCUCAAUAAGCCGUCAUCAUCUUCAUCUUCAUCGUCGUCGUUAUCUGCCUGUAUGCAGCUGUUGUACUCUGUGUUCGAGCAUUGUAAAUUGCUGGAGAGAUAUACUCCAAGGACAUCAACAUCGUCACAAAUGACAUUGACAUCAUUAGGCACAUCAUGGUCGACACAACAAAAAUCUAAUGUAACUAACUUGAUCAACUCAUUUCAUCUCAUGAUCAAUAAUCCUAUGCUCAGUGAUUUGAAAAUCUUCAUUGUCAGGGAUAAUAAUAAUAAUAAUAAUGAUAAUAAUAAUAAUAAUGAUAAUAAUAAUAAUAAUAAUAAUGUUUUUUAUGCACAUAAAUUCAUAUUGUUCUGCAGAUGCCCCGAGUUAUAUCAACUGGUUAAAAAUGAAAGAGAACUGCACAUGAAUGGUUAUUGUUAUGCUGCCCUCUGCCUCUUCAUGAAGUUCCUAUACACUGGAGAUUUAUCAUUCUGUGGUGACAAUAAUAAUAAGGAUGAUGAUGAUGAUAGAACUGAUAACAUAAUUGGCGAUGAUGAUGUUGCUAAAGCUAGAAGCUAUACUGGCCUGGGGUUUUUAUGCAACAGUAUGAACGAAGUCGAUGUUGGUGAUAAUAAUAAUAAUAAUAAUAAUAAUAAUAAUAAUGUCUGUAAUGCUAAUGAUAAUAGUAUCGCUGGUGAUAAUGGGGCUACAAUCAGCUGUAAAGAUGAUAUUUGUCACGACUUUACAGAUGGUUACGUCGCAUUUAACGAUGUUGAUGAUAAUAACGGUAUAAAUGAUAUGGACGAUGAUGAUAAUGAUAGUAUAAAUAAUUAUAAGGGUAAUUAUGAUAAUAAUUAUGAUGACGAUGAUGAGGAUGGUUAUAGAGAGGUCUAUGAAUUUGUGCUAACACAGAGAAAUGUAAAAUGCCGCGGUGCUGACGUUGCUGAGGACGACGACGAUGACAUAAUUAAUAAUAAUAAUAAUAAUACUCACUAUACAACCAGUGAUAACAUUGAUAACAUUAAUAAUAGUAAUAAUAAUAGAGUUAUUGAUGAUAGUGAUGAUGAUAAAUAUAUAAACGUUGAUAAUAAUAAUAAUUCUGAUGAGGAUGGUAAUCUGAUCAAUCUGAAUCGUGCUAAAAUUGAUAACCAUAGUGAUAAUAAUAAUAAAAAUAAUAAUGAAGAUGAUGGUGAGGGUAAUAGUGGUAAUGGUGGUGGUAAUGGUGGUAAUGGUGGUGGUGGCGGCUAUGAUUGCGACGAUAAGACUGCUGACGAUGACGUCAGCGUAGAUAUGUUCUCCUCCAUACUCACCCAAAAUGACGACUACACUUUCAAACUGCAACAAAACAAUGACGAUGAUGAUGACGUCAACAAUAACAUUAACAUUAAUAACAACAAUAAUGAUACUAAUAAGGAUAGAACUAAUGGUGAAAAUGAUGGUGAUGAUAAUGGUGAUGGGGGUGAUGAUGAUGAUUAUGAUAAGAGGAAUUUUGGCGGUGUCUCUGAUGUUGUUUGUGAUGAUAACGAUGCUAUCAUGUGCAAUUAUUCCCUGGCUAAUAUUAAUAAUAAUAAUAAUCAUAAUAAUAUUAAUCAUAAUAAUGUUAAUAAAAAUAAUUUUAUUGACAAUGCUGGUGAUGUAGCAGUAGCAGUAACAACACCACAAAACAGCAGCAGACGUAUGAGUAGAUUGUCACCGCAACAAUUCACGCCAAUGUUGAAGUAUGAUGAAAUGAUGACACCUGUUUUGAGGAAGCACUGCCAGAACUAUGGCGUGAGAGCCUUUCCAAAGAAAAAAAUGGUCGACAUCUUGAAAGGCAUCUAUUACGGACUGCAUCCUGACGUCGAACGCAUUCCGACCCCUAAGCAAAACUCUAAAAGGCAACGACGCAAAAGAACGUAUAGCAACAAAAACAUGAACAACAACAUCAACAUAAGUAACAUCAACUACAAAAACAUGAACGACAACAACAUCAACAUAACUGCAUCAGUACCGCAAGCCUCCAAUAUGAUGAACAAUGCGAAGAAAGCAUUCACGUUUAAGAUGAAGAACCCAUUAAAAAAUGUUACCAGCGGCCUGCAAUCAACAUGUGCUGAUGUUAAAACUACGCAAUAUUCAGCAGCUGCUACAGUAGCUUGGAAUAAUAUUAAUAAUGAUGAUGAUGAUGGAGAAGAUGAUGAAGAUGAGGAUGAAGAUAAGCGAUGGCUAGAGGGCAUUGAUUACGACGAUGAUGGUCAAGGUGAAGAGGAUAAUAACAAUGAUGAUGAUGACGUCAUUCCUGCGAGUCAGAGGUUAAAAUUGAAGAAUGUAAAACUAACAGAGGAGCAGAAAAAGGAAAAGUUAUUUCAGUUCUUUCACUGCAACACUGAUCUAAGGUUGAAAAUUCUUCAUUAUGAGCCUUUUGAGUUAUCUGACCUUAUCACCAAGAUUAAGAGUAGUAUGGAGUUUGUCGCAUCCAAACAGUUUAUUAUCGACUUUUUAGAUGAACAGGAAAAGAGGAAAUUACUACAGAUAAUCCGACGGGGGCAGUUAAAGUUUUUUUGGUCACAUCACGUGGAAGGAAAGAAUGGAAAAUCUAACAACUACUGGAAGGAUUGCAGGGAGAAGAAAUCGCGGUCAACAACGAAUAACAUUCGUGAAGUCUGUCAUUUGGUGAUUAUCACCACAUUUCAACUACUACAACGUGUUAAAGAUCGGAUUUUGUGGAAGUCGGUGGUCGCCAAUGUCCUGAAUGGAUACGGCACGAAAAAGAAAAAGAAGGAAGAAACAAUAAUAAAAUAA